AUGCUUUACAGCAAAACGCCGUCGUUGCAUGAUCGCCGGCGUCUCUUUCUCAUCACCGUCGGACUUCUGAUCUUGUCGAGUUUAGUUUCUUUCUCUGAUGGAGUUUCUUCUUCUUGUCAGAAUCAUCCAUCCACAACACCAUUUCAAGGAUUGAGGAGGCAGAUUCUAGACGGAGGGAAUGGGACAUUGGUGUUAGCGGCGGAGAGGACACGACGGCCGGACCCUCUUAACCAUUUCAAUAUUUAUACAGAUGGUUGGAACGUUACCAAUUCUCAUUACAUCGCCUCCGUUGGAUUUUCUGCCGUACCAUUCAUAGUAAUAGCGAUCGUGUGGUUCGUAUUCCUCGGCCUCUUCCUCAUAUGCUCAUGCCUCUGUUGUUGUUGCUGCGGUUGCGGUCGCCGGACCUACGGCUACUCUCGCGUUUGCUACACUCUCUCUCUCGUCUUCCUCCUCCUCUUCACCGUCGCUGCCGUGAUUGGUUGUGCGAUGUUGUACACUGGUCAAAACGAGUUUUACGGUAGUGUGGAGAAGACGUUUAUGUACAUUGUCACACAAGCAACUGGUGUUUUGAGUAAACUCACGAGUUUAUGGGACUCGAUUCAAUCUGCUAAAGAUAUUCAGCUUGAUGGACAUAAACUGUUUCCUCCUGAGUUUAGAAGUAACAUUGAUCAUUUCAAUAACAUGAUCAAGAUGUCUAACAUCACUUACCCUGAUCGUGUCGCUAAUCAGACAAUCCGUUAUCUAACUGGAACAUUAAACCCGGUGAGACAUGCGUUGAAUGUGGUCGCUGGUGUUAUGCUAGCAGUUGCAUUCCUUGGUCUUUUAUUUUCCUUCUGUGGACUGCGAGUUCUUGUCUACCUAUUAGUAAUUCUUGGUUGGUUUCUGGUCACGGCAACGAUCCUCCUAAGUGCCGUCUUCCUCGUUUUCCACAAUGUGGUUGCGGAUACUUGUAUGGCUAUGGACCAAUGGGUGCAUGAUCCAGCAGCAGACUCAGCUUUGAGCCAGCUUCUUCCAUGUGUAGACGCUAAAACCAUUGGAGAAACAUUGGAUAUAACGAAGACGAUGACUUCUACGGCCGUUGACAUGACCAAUGCCUACACGGUCAAUGUCAGUAACCAUGAGUUCCCACCUAAUGUCCCUUUUUACCAUAACCAGUCUGGUCCGCUCGUUCCUCUUCUUUGUAACCCUCUCGACCAAAAUCACAAUCCUCGACCUUGUGCUCCUGACGAAGUCCUACUCGCCAAUGCUUCUCAGGUCUACAAAGGCUUUAUGUGCCAAGUGAAUGCAGAAGGAAUAUGCAUAACGCAGGGUAGGUUAACACCAGCUUCAUAUGACCAGAUGAUGGGUGCGAUCAAUGUUGGGUUCACGUUGGAUCAUUACGGCCCGUUCUUGGCUAGUAUUGCUGAUUGCACUUUCGUCCGAGACACUUUCAGAGACAUAACCACUAAGAACUGUCCUGGACUCAGUAUCACUAGCCAGUGGAUCUAUGCGGGGCUUGCGUCACUCUCUGGUGCAGUCAUGUUCUCACUCAUCUUCUGGUUGAUUUUCGUUAGAGAAAGACGUCAUCGAUCUCAUACUAAGAAGUCUAUCCAGAUGAAUAGGUUUUAA